AUGGAAAGAGGAGAGCAAGGCAAACAGCUAGCGGUGGAGGGAGAAGGCAAGAGAGAUGGAGACAGGAAGAAGCAGAUCGACGGGAGAGAUGCGACGGGAGGGGGGAUAUACAACAUUAUCACCAGGAUUACCAACAACAGCCUCAACAUCACAAGACUUAAACGUCUCAACAUCACAAGGCCCAACAGUCUCAACAUCACAAGGCCAAACAGCCUCAACAUCACAAGGUCCAAUAGUCUCAACAUCACAAGGUCCAAUAGUCUCAACAUCACAAGGCUCAACAGUCUCAACAUCAGAAGGCCCAACAGGUUCAACAUCACAAGGCUCAACAGUCUCAACAUCACAAGGCCCAACAUUCUCAACAUCACAAGGCUCAACAGUCUCAACAUCCCUUGGCUCAACAGUCUCAACAUCCCUCGGCUCAACAGUCUCAACAACAUCAGAAGGCCCAACAGGUUCAACAUCACAAGGCUCAACAGUCUCAACAUCACAAGGCCCAACAUUCUCAACAUCACAAGGCUCAACAGUCUCAACAUCAGAAGGCCCAACAGGUUCAACAUCACAAGGCUCAACAGUCUCAACAUCACAAGGCCCAACAUUCUCAACAUCACAAGGCUCAACAGUCUCAACAUCCCUCGGCUCAACAGUCUCAACAUCCCUCGGCUCAACAGUCUCAACAUCAGAAGGCCCAACAGGUUCAACAUCACAAGGCUCAACAGUCUCAACAUCACAAGGCCCAACAUUCUCAACAUCACAAGGCUCAACAGUCUCAACAUCACAAGGUCCAACAGUCUCAACAUCACAAGACUCAAAUGUCUCAACAUCACAAGGCCCAACAGUCUCAACAUCACAAGGUCCAAUAGUCUCAACAGUCUCAACAUCACAAGGCCCAAUAGUCUCAACAUCACAAGGCCCAACAGUCUCGAUAUCACAAGGUCCAACAGUCUCAACAUCACAAGGCUCAACAGUCUCAACAUCACAAGGCCCAAUAGUCUCAACAUCACAAGGUCCAAUAGUCUCAACAGUCUCAACAUCACAAGGCCCAACAGUCUCAACAUCACAAAGUCCAAUAGUCUCAACAUCACACGGCUCAACAUUCUCAACAUCACAAGGCCCAAAAGUCUCAACAUCACACGGCUCAACAUUCUCAACAUCACAAGGCUCAACAUUCUCAACAUCACAAAGCCCAACAGUCUCAACAUCACAAGGCCCAACAAUCUCAACAUCACAAGGCUCAACAUUCUCAACAUCCCAAGGCUCAACAGUCUCAACAUCACAAGGUCCAACAGUCUCAAUAUCACAAGGCCCAACAGUCUCAACAUCACAAGGUCCAACAUUCUCAACAUCACAAGGCUCAACAGUCUCAAUAUCACAAGGCCCAACAGUCUCAAUAUCACAAGGUCCAACAGCCUCAACAUCACAAGGUCCAAUAGUCUCAACAUCACAAGGCUCAAAAGUCUCAACAUCACAAGGCCCAACAGUCUCAACAUCACAAGGCCCAACAAUCUCAACAUCACAAGGCUCAACAUUCUCAACAUCCCAAGGCUCAACAGUCUCAACAUCACAAGGUCCAACAGUCUCAAUAUCACAAGGCCCAACAGUCUCAACAUCACAAGGUCCAACAUUCUCAACAUCACAAGGCUCAACAUUCUCGACAUCACAAGGUCCAACAGUCUCAAUAUCACAAGGCCCAACAGUCUCAACAUCACAAGGUCCAACAUUCUCAACAUCACAAGGCUCAACAUUCUCGACAUCACAAGGUCCAACAUUCUCGACAUCACAAGGUCCAACAGUCUCAACAUCACAAGGUCCAACAUUCUCAACAUCACAAGGCUCAACAUUCUCAACAUCCCAAGGCUCAACAAUCUCAACAACCCAAGGCUCAACAGUCUCAACAUCCCAAGGCUCAACCAUCUCAACAUCACAAGAUCCAACAGUCUCAACAUCACUAGGACCAUCACAUGGGAGUACCAAUCAAGUUUCUUCAACAAAACCACCUGAAACAACAUUCCCAGUGACAUGUCCGAACAUAGAAUGUGUAAAUGGAGGAACGGCGGAUUGUAACACUGGUCAGUGCAAAUGUUCAAAUCAAUUUAGUGGCUCAACAUGUGAGGUUUACCAGAAUGCAUUUCCAGCUGAGGGACCACUAAAAUCUGCAAAUAUUACCAUUCGAAUAACAAAUGAAGAAUUUUCCAUGGACUUGCAAAAUAAAACACAUCCUGUAUACAAGGCAUUUGAGAGAAAGUUUCUGAAUUAUAUGGAAAACAUUUAUUCGCAGAUUUUUGGAUUCCAAAGUACAGAAAUUAUUGAAAUUAUGUAAGUUUGCUUUUUUUGCAUGCAUCAUGAGUUUCAUAUUUUCGGACAGGAAUGGGUAUGCCCAUACAAGUAUCACCUGAAGACGGAAGCUUGUGUUGCCUCCGAAACGUAGUGAUUUAUUUCAGUUGUUUUCAUUUAUUUCAUUUUUACCUACGUGACUUUACCGAAAAAACCAAAGAGUAUGAAUCCUUGCAGUCACGAAAGCUUCAAAUCUAGAAGUAUGCGUGUAUAUCAAUUUUCAGCAUUAACUACAACAUACGCAUUGCAAUGUUAUAAUGCAGUAUUAAAUGACCACAGUCGUAUUGUAUUUCAUUGGUGCAAUUGCGUUUUUACGAAAUUAAUUAUUACGAGAAAUUCUGCGGACUAAUCCGUGCUGUAAAAGUUAUAUUUGCUCUUGCUGAAAACCAUUUCAUCUUUGAAUUUACUAACUGCAUUGUGAAACGAUCGCUGAUAAAAUAUAAUAUUAAGCCACUUGUGGUAUAAACUUUGGUUGUAAACGACACAACCUAACAAUUGAAUUGUGUUUGUGAUGC